AUGGAUUCCGAAGAUCUGCACGGGGGGCGGCCUCGGGAGGUUGCGGAUUCGGAGAUGGUCGAUUCGGUGCCUGAAGAUGCGCCGGGAGCCGAUGCUUCGGGGAGCGCCGGGGAUCCAGGUAAUUCCGUCUCUGCAAGUGUUGAUUUUGAGGGCGACGGCGUUGUGGCCGCGGAUGACUCGACUGGGGUUCGCAGCAAGUUCUCCGAGCCUUACUUUCUGAGGAGGGUUUUGAGAGAGGAAUUGGGUGGGGACGGUGGUGACCAUAGGCUUCUGGUUAUUGCGGUGCAAGCUGUUCUGCUGGAACCCGGUUUCGUCGCGGUUGAUCCGGUGACUGGAAUGCCUGCCGAUCGGUUUCAUCUCUCCGAUCAAUGGCCUUCCGCGGCAUUUACGAUGACGUUGCAGUACAGUCUGCCUGAGCUUGUGGCUAGGACGCAGGGUCUGAAUGUAACUGAGAGUCUUGUUCUGAAGUUUGAGAGUUUAGGUCACUUUAUAAGUGUCUAUGGGCGUCUGGCUAAAGCCAAGUCGGUGUUGAUUAGAGUCUGUUUGAACGAGCGCAGAUUUGCUCCUAUUAUAGACGUGAUGUGGGUGAAAGGCGAUGACAAUGUGGAAGUGAAUGAGGAUGGUGGAUCUUUGAAUCUGAGUUCUGAAAAACAAGUGUUUGAGUUUUGGAAGAUUGUAAAAGAUGGUUUGGCAUUGCCGCUGUUGAUAGACCUAACUGAAAGAGUCGGUUUGCCGCUUCCAUCUUGCUUCACAUGCCUUCCAACGGAACUGAAGCUCAGGAUUUUCGAAUUGCUUCCUGGAAUUGACCUUGCAAGGGUAGGGUGUGUAUCUUCUGAACUACGGUAUUUGGCAUCCGAUAAUGAUUUGUGGAAGCAGAAGUAUGAUGAGGAGUUUGGAGAGCGGAUAGAAAGCAGCCGAGAGAUCAAUUGGAAGCUGAUUUUCACAUCUGAGGCGAAGAAGAAGAGGAAGUGGGAGAGUAGUUUGUGGUUGUGGCAGAUGCCUACUGCUCGUAUGCCUUUCUCCGUAAGGUUCAGAGAAUUCCGAACCCUUCCGGCGUUCCAGGAGUCAUAG